UCAGAAAAAUAAUAAAAUCCCAUAAAUCGCCCGCCGCCGCCGCCGCCGCUUCUUCUUCUUCUUCUUGCUUCUUCUUCCCUCCUUUCCUCCGUGAGUUGCGUCUCCUCCUCCCCAUCCAAUCCAGUCCAAUCCUAUCCAAUCCAAUCCCCUCCCGUCCUCCUCCCAAGAGGAGGCUCUCCUAAUCCAAUUGCUAAUUGCUCCCGAAUGCCUCCUAAUCGCGUCCCCAAUCCCGCCCUAAUCCCCACCCCAUCCCCUCCGCAUUAGCCUCCACCACCAUUUCCCAUUCAAUCUCUGAUUGCACAUAGUUUUUGGCAUUUUUAGGGUUAGGGCUACCAAUAUAUUAGCAUUAGCCCCCGCCGGAGGCCAUGAACGAGUACCGCCACCGCAUGGGCGCCGCCGCCGACUUCCGCCGCGACCUCGAGGACCUCGUCUGCGACCACCUCGGCGGUUGCUUCUCCCCGCCCUCCUCCUCUUCCUCAUGCUCCGCCUCGGGGGGAGGAGGGGGAGCGGGCCAUGAGCCCGACGAGGCGGAGUCGUCGGCGGCGCGGAGGCGGAGGCGGGAGUCGCGCCUGCUCAGCCGCUGGGUCGCGCGCCAGGCCGAGGAGGUGCUCUCCUCCAUGGAGCGCGAGGUCGAGCGCCGGAACCGCGAGACCGAGCUCCUCGCGCUCGCGCGCCUCCACCCCGUGUCCACCCUCGACCCCUCCUCCUUCCUCCUCACCUCGCCAACCACCCCGCCGCCGCGCCCGCAGGCGCCCUCCCCCACCGCGCCGCCCUCGCUCCUGCAGAUGUGGCGCGAGCUCGAGCACCGCCGCACCGACGCCGACCAGCCCUUCGACCGCGAGCCCUCCCCGGAUACCGCCGACCGUGACCGCGAGCGCGUGCGUCAGAUCGCGCGCCGCCUCACGGACCCCAAUGACGGUGCAACCGCCGCCGCAGCAGCGGCCACCGGGGAGUGGCUCGGCGAGACGGAGAGGCAGAGGGUCAGACUCGUAAGAGAGUGGGUGCAGAUGGCCAGCCAGCCGCGCGACUCCCGUGCAGGCUCCCGCAGGGAUGAGCCUGGCGGUGGCGAGAGGGAGAGGCGAGGGGAGCCUCCUCGGCUCCGCGGCCGACAGGCGCGCUUGGAUGUCAUCACCCAGAUGGCUCGGGAACGCCAGCGCGAGCUGCAAGGGAUAUCAGGGUACCACAUUGUGUCAGAGUUCCCUCGCCACAGUCACAACCGCAUCCAGCAGGGAUUGCUUAGGGGGAGGUUCUUGAGGAACGUGGCGCUUCCGGUUGAGGAGGAGCGACCACCAUCUGUGGUAGCGAUGGAGCUCGGGCAGUUGAGGCAGAGCCAUCGUAUGCCCACCUUGAGGUCAGAGAGUGUUGUAAGUAGUCAAGAUGUUAGCCAAUCUGAUGAUUCUGUUGCUGAAAUUGUUAGGUUACUAGGUAAUGAUGAAUCUCAACGAGGGGCUGAGGUCAAUGCUUUUACUGGUAGCGAGGAUACAGCCCAAACUACGCUCGAGGAUGUGGGUUUACAGGAGGCUGAUGUAGAUCGUGCUGAGGCACACUCACCAAGUAUAACAUUGGAUGGAAUGGUUGAGAUGCAAGAGUCUCUAGCUCAAGGUGAUACUAGGCAGCAAGGUGACGCAGAAGAUGACUCAAGAUUCUGGCAGCCAUCUUUGGAAGGCAGGCUUGAUAGGUGGCCCGAUGAGAUUGAAGAGGGUGCUGAAAGAAGUUGGGAAGAUAACGCAGAGGAGUUACACAGUGAAACUCUGGAGGAUGAUGACAGGGAGCAUGAUCAUCUCCAAGAAGAGCAUGAUGAAUGGCACGAUGAUGAGUCUCAUGGUACCGUGGAGAACUGGCGAGAUGAUUAUCAAGAUUCCAGACUUGAUACAGGUCCCAUUCCUAGGACCGAAAAUAGGUUUAUCCCACCUGAUGAUGACAACGUGUACAGCAUGGAACUAAGAGAACUACUUAGCAGGCGAAGUGUGUCCAACCUUCUUAGUAAUGGAUUUGGUGAAAGUUUGGAGCAAUUAAUAAGGUCAUAUGUUCAACGGCGUGGUCAUGGUCCCCUCAACUGGAAUCUUGAUACGGGCAUGCCCCCUUCCAACUCACCUAAUGAAAAUCAGGAACAAGAAAGAAAUACUGAAACUCGCCAAUUCCAGGUUCCUGUCAACAGACCUGCCCUUGUUAUCCCUCCGCCGCCUUUGCCACCGCGACAGCCACUAUGGCACAGAGAACUGCGUCAUAGCAACUGGAGCAUUAGACACAGGGAAUGGGAUGCUAUUAAUGAUUUGAGAGCUGACACGGGUAAACUUCAACAAGGGUUGAGCAGCAUGCAGAGGACGUUGGAGGCAUGCAUGGACAUGCAGCUGGAGCUGCAACGUUCGGUGAGACAAGAGGUGUCAGCGGCCUUGAAUCGAUUUGCAGGAGCUGAAGGAUUUGCGAUGGAUCUGUCUGAUGAUGGAUCAAAAUGGAAUCAAGUGAGGAAGGGAACCUGCUGCGUAUGCUGCGAUGCGCAAAUCGAUUCUCUAUUGUACAGAUGUGGGCACAUGUGUACUUGCUCAAAAUGUGCAAAUGAGCUAGUGCGCAGUGGUGGCAAGUGCCCGCUUUGCCGGGCUCCGAUCGUGGAGGUGGUUCGUGCAUAUUCGGUGAUGUGAAGUGGUGGAUAUACACUAGGAAAGGGAAUAAGUUAACGGCAAGUGAAGUUUUGCUGCAAGAAGCUUGUUCAGAAAAGAAAACUCUCUUUUCUCUUCGCUCUCUUCUCUCUUCUUAUGUAUACAGGGUUACGUGCAUAUUUUUUGCCUUGCUGCUUGCGGAUGCGGCGAGCAGCUAAGGGCGUGCCAUUGAUUUUUGAAAGAGUUUGCGUUGGGUAGCAGCGACGAGAUAUCCAAUGUAAGGUUCGUUCAUAACCCAAUCCUUUUCCCCUUUCUGACUGAACUCGUGUCUCUUGU